CAAACCGUUCAAUGUUGUCUCCAGAAAUAUCUAGGACCGAAAGUCAACACCGUUCAAUGUUAUCUCCAGAAAUACCUAGGAGUGAAAGUCAACACCGUUCAAUGUUAUCUCCAGAAAUACCUAGGAGUGAAAGUCAACACCGUUCAAUGUUAUCUCCAGAAAUACCUAGGAGCGAAAGUCAACACCGUUCAAUGUUAUCUCCAGAAAUACCUUGGAGUGAAAGUCAACACCGUUCAAUGUUAUCUCCAGAAAUACCUAGGAGCGAAAGUCAACACCGUUCAAUGUUAUCUCCAGAAAUACCUAGAAGCGAAAGUCAACACCGUUCAAUGUUAUCUCCAGAAAUACCUAGGAGUGAAAGUCAACACUGUUCAUUGUUAUCUCCAGAAAUACCUAGGAGUGAAAGUCAACACUGUUCAUUGUUAUCUCCAGAAAUACCUAGGAGUGAAAGUCAACACUGUUCAUUGUUAUCUCCAGAAACCGGGUUUCGAUACCCGUGGUGGGCAGAUCACAGGGGUUAAAUUUGGGCUGAACUGUCCAGAACGGUGUUCCGCCUCAUGAAGAAUCAAGCCAUUAACGCUCCUGGUCUUCAUAUCGAAAAUAAAAGUUGAUCCACGCCGGGUCACAAUAGGAAGUUCUGCCUCUUUCAAAGUCCCAAUUUAACCACUGCUUUUAUUGAAGGCUUAAAGAAUUCGCCCACGUCUGGUCAAUCUGGAAUCUCAAAAGCUGUGCCUACUAAAUAACAAUAUUGUGACAAACACACACACACACAUAGGGUAGAAAAGGUUUAUCAUAGUGCAUUUAUUUGAAAGUUUAUUGGCUAGAAUAUUUAGGUGACGGGAUACGACAUCCUGAGGUUUAUCAUAGUACAUUUAUUUGAAAGUUUAUUGGCUAGAAUCUUUAGGUGAUGGGAUACGACAUCCUGAGGUUUAUCAUAGUACAUUUAUUUGAAAGUUUAUUGGCUAGAAUCUUUAGGUGACGUGAUACGACAUCCUGAGGUUUAUCAUAGUACAUUUAUUUGAAAGUUUAUUGGCUAGAAUCUUUAGGUGACGGGAUACGACAUCCUGAGGUUUAUCAUAGUACAUUUAUUUGAAAGUUUAUUGGCUAGAAUAUUUAGGUGACGUGAUACGACAUCCUGGUAGGUGUUAUUAAACAGUAAAUAGAAGGUGGAGAUGCAUUUCACUAGGACAUGUCAUUUUAAUAACUAUGUUGACGCCCAGGUGACGCUUGUCCUACUACUAACUUGUAUUUUAAAAAAAAGACUCUUAUGAAAGCACAAAGACUUUUUGAUUUUAUUAUUUCGAACCAAAGUUAUUAACUUUGUACAGAAACAUUUAAGAGAAUUCUGUGUGCAUGUAGUUAAGCGAAAAUGACAUUAUACUGUGCUUGGCACGGAUGACGUCAUGUUCCUUUACUAUUUUUGGCCCAGAUAAUAAAGCGAGUGUUGAACUGCAGGCUGUCGGGACUGAAGCAUUGUUUGAAAUCUUCUAGUUUGAAAACCCGAAGCAAAUCACAUUUUUUCAAAAUUAACACUAAAAAUAAAACGUUAAAAGUGUUGCGUUAAUCACU